AUGGCAGACUACCCACACACCCCACCCCCAAGCGGCCCUCAAACCCCAAACUUGCCUCCCCUAAAGGACGCAUCCCUCCGCUCCACAACUCCUCAAAGCAUCAACACUCCAAUCACACGCGCUCGUCCCACCAUCCCAGGCUACCUAACUCAAGCCCUCGUCCUCUCCAACCCCCAACUCCGCCGCCUCCAACAAGACCUCCUCGUCCUAACCAGCUUCAACGAAAACUCCACCCUGCACUGGCGCCCCCCAUGGUUCGCCCAAGACCUGCACGCCGCAAGGUUCUGGACCCUGUACAACCCGCCCAACGUCGUUACCGAACUGCUCCCGCACGCACCGCUCGGCCAGCUCGUGUAUACGCGGCGCAUGAGGCGUGCGGGCGAUAUGCCACCCGCGUACAUCACGACAUGGAAGCACUGGAAUCGGGUGUGUGACUCAGCUGGGGUGCCGCGGGAUUGGCUGAACGAGGAGUAUGUCGAGUUGAUGAAGUUGGGUUUACCGCGUGACGAAGGGAGGGAUAUCUGCGCUCCCCCAUCUAUCCCCUUGUACCCCGAACCCCAACCCCUGGGCCGCGGACGCUACAUACUCGACCCGGCAACAUAUCGUUCGCUACCGAGGAAAUUCCACCUCCCGGACUACACGGAUGAACCGAUCGAGGACGUCCAGGUCGUUGUCGUGCACUCCUCAGGCCGGCUUGCGAUAGAGCCGCGCGAAGAUUUCUUCUUGCAUUCGAGUCAGUGGACGCAUUUUGAUGGGCACGGCGGGAAGGGGGGUGGAGAGUAG